UUUCUCCACUAAACUACUUCUCUUUCACACACUUUUCCUCUCUCUCUAUAUCUAUCUUCUCUUCUCUUCUUUGUUCCGCCGGAGAAGUCAGAACCCACCGGCGUCACCAUACGAUAAAACCCAAACACUUAAGAGAGAAAGAGAAACUCACUGACGUUGAUGCUCUAGAAACUUCACUAUGGGAAACUGCAACGUGUGCGCGAAAGCUGACGUGGUAGAAGAUAGCAAUAACAACAGGAACAAGAAGUCUAAUGAAACGAACCGCGCUAGGAAGAAAGAGCCGAAACCAUUCACGGACGAACCGGCCCGGUCGACGGCGGCUCCGAUCCGGGUCCUGAAGGACGUGAUUCCCAUGAGCCACCGGACGCGCAUAAGCGACAAGUACAUACUGGGCCGGGAACUGGGCCGGGGCGAGUUCGGAAUCACCUACCUCUGCACGGACCGGGAGACCAAGGAAGCCCUUGCCUGCAAGUCGAUCUCGAAGCGGAAGCUCCGGACUGCCGUGGACAUCGACGACGUGCGGCGCGAGGUCGCCAUCAUGUCCACGCUGCCGGAGCACCCCAACGUCGUGAAGCUGAAGGCGACUUACGAGGACAACGAGAACGUCCACCUCGUCAUGGAGCUCUGCGAAGGGGGAGAGCUCUUCGACCGGAUUGUCGCCAGGGGACACUACAGCGAGCGCGCCGCCGCCGCCGUGGCGCGCACCAUCGCCGAGGUUGUUAGGAUGUGCCACAGCAAUGGCGUCAUGCAUAGGGACCUCAAGCCUGAGAAUUUCCUCUUCGCAAAUAAGAAAGAGAAUUCUGCUCUCAAGGCCAUCGAUUUCGGCCUCUCCGUCUUCUUCAAGCCAGGGGAGAGGUUUUCAGAGAUUGUUGGGAGUCCUUACUACAUGGCGCCGGAGGUUUUGAAGCGGAAUUACGGGCCGGAGGUUGAUGUGUGGAGUGCUGGGGUGAUUCUUUAUAUUUUGUUGUGUGGGGUUCCUCCGUUCUGGGCAGAGACUGAGCAAGGUGUGGCUUUGGCGAUCUUGAGGGGUGUGAUUGACUUCAAGAGGGAACCUUGGCCGCAAAUAUCGGAGAGUGCCAAGAGCCUUGUGCGGCGAAUGUUGGAGCCGGAUCCUAAAAACCGCUUGACAGCUGAACAGGUGCUUGAACAUCCCUGGCUGCAAAAUGCAAAGAAAGCUCCAAAUGUUCCAUUAGGAGAUAUUGUCAGGUCAAGGCUUAAGCAGUUUUCUGUGAUGAAUAGAUUCAAAAAGAAAGCUCUGCGGGUAAUUGCAGAUCAUUUAUCUGUUGAAGAGGUAGAAAUAAUCAAAGAUAUGUUUACAUUGAUGGAUACUGACAAAGAUGGCAGAGUAACGUUUGAGGAACUAAAGGCUGGGUUGAGGAAGGUUGGUUCACAAUUGGCUGAGCCAGAGAUAAAGAUGCUGAUGGAAGUGGCUGAUGUUGAUGGGAAUGGAGUACUUGACUAUGGAGAGUUUGUAGCUGUUACAAUUCACUUGCAAAAAAUGGAGAAUGAUGAGCAUUUCCACAAAGCAUUCAAGUUUUUUGACAAAGAUGGGAAUGGGUAUAUUGAGUUACGUGAGCUAGAGGAAGCAUUAGCAGAUGAGUCAGGAGAAACUGAUGCUGAUGUAUUGAAUGACAUCAUGCGUGAAGUUGACACUGACAAGGAUGGUCGCAUCAGUUAUGAGGAGUUUGUGGCGAUGAUGAAAACUGGAACUGACUGGAGGAAAGCAUCUAGGCAAUAUUCAAGGGAGAGAUUCAAGAGUUUGAGCCUAAAUUUGAUGAAAGAUGGCUCGCUUCAGCUUCAUGAUGAAAUUACUGGUCAAGCUGUGGUGGUUUGAGUGUAAAGUAAUUUCUUUCUGUAACCUCAUGCCAUGCGCUCACUCAGUUACUCAUUUUUCUUGCACCACCUAUUGUGCUUGAAAUAUCGUUUGCGGAAUCUCUCCAAGGAAGCAAGUUUUGGGCAGGUUUGAGUUUUAGUGUUUGAAGCAUUCUAAUGAUCUUGAGUUGGAGUUGGAGUUGGAGUUGGAGUUGGAGUUGGUUAUCUUAGGUUUCUUAGUUGGGUUGGAUGUUAGAUGCCUGAAGCUUGCGUUGGAGGAUUGCAAUUGCAUACUAUAAAGAGGGUUCAUUGUUCAUAGCUUGUCACCAAAAAGUGUGGGGCACAUGCUACAGCUACAUACCCGAAAAAAGUUACAUAUUCUUUGUAUAUUUGUGUUAUGUUUGAUAAUUCCAUUGGUAAAUGUGAUUUUUCUAACUUGUGUGCAGAAAACCAGUUAUAGGAUUUUUCUCAUUGGCGACACGAACUUCUGAGAAAGUUUAUAGAAAGUCUAGGUAUCUGCUAGUUAAAGCAAUUUAAUUUGUCUGAAAAUGUAGCUAUCUUAAGCCCUCAUUUUUUCAUUUCCCCCACUUGUUUAUACAUUAUCCUUUGCCCCUAUUUAUGAACUUUAUGGUUAAUUUGAAUGAGGUAGAAACAUUAUCUGAAACAGCUCUAAAUUGUAAAUACAUUGGUUUGUUGUUGUGUCCGGCAUUUGCUAAAUUGCAAAUCAAACUUGUGUGAA